CUCUUCUGAUACGCAGCUGUAAAUCUUUCUCCUCUGCGCUUCUGUUGCAGCUCUCUUUAAUUCGAUAUGGAGCUCAUUUCAACAUCAUUCAAAAUGGAGCUCUGGCAUCUUUUCCUGUACUGUUUAGCUCCUGUUUUUAUCAUUCUUGUUUCUGGUAUCUGGUCAUUUAAUCCCAGAUACAAAAACCUGCCACCAGGAAGUUUCGGAUGGCCUCUUCUAGGUGAAACCAUUGAAUUCGUAUCAAAGCCAGAGAUGUUUGUGCUGGACAGAAUGAACAAAUACUCUCCAGAUAUCUUCAAAACCAAUAUACUUGGGGAGAAAAUGGCAGUAAUCUGCGGAGCAAAUGGCCACAAGUUUCUCUUCACCAAUGGACACACAAUCUUCACUCCAUUUCUGCCCUAUUCCAUGAGAAAACUGUUCUUCUCUUCAGCCCCUGGUGACUUCAAUCUCAAAAAAACUGUGAAGGAAGUAAAAGGAGCUCCAGGGUUCUUGAAACCUGAGGCCCUGGUGAAGUACGUGGGCAAAAUGGAUUCCAUUACUCAGCAACAUAUGAACACUUUAUGGGAAGGAAACGAUGAAGUGAAGGCGUUUUCUCUAGCUAAGUCUUUAACUUUAGCUCUUGCCUGUCGUUUUUUCAUGGGCGCUGAGGAUCCUGAGCGUGUUUCCAGGACGAUUUCCAGGUUCGAUGCUAUAAAAGUGGGUAUGCAUUCUGUUCCCUGGAAUUUUCCUGGGACGAAUUUUCAUAAAGCUUGCAAAGCCGCAGCUGCAGUUCACCAGGAGUUAAUGAGGGUGAUUUCUGAGAAGAAAUCUGCAAUGGCUAGGGGAGAGCCAGUGCGAGAUAUUGUGUCACAUGUGAUUCAGGCUUCAUAUGGCUCAGACGUCGAGAUAGCAGAACAACUAAUGGGUACACUUGUUGCAGGGUAUAGCACUGUGGCUUCCCUCAUGACUUUCGUCAUGAAAUAUGUUGCAGAGAGGCCUGACGUAUACCAGAAAGUCCUCGCUGAGCAACAAGAAGUGGCAGCCUCUAAGAAGCCUGGGGAGCUCUUGAAUUGGGAUGACAUGCAGAAGAUGAAAUAUUCGUGGAAUGUAGCACGCGAAGUGCUGAGACUCGCACCAGUCAUUCGAGGAACAUUUAGAGAGGUUCUCUCAGAUUUUACUUACGCUGGUUACACCGUUCCCAAAGGAUGGAAGCUGUAUUGGACAGUAGAUUCAACACACAUGAACCCCAAACACUUCCGGAAUCCAGAAAAGUUUGACCCAUCAAGAUAUGAUGAAGCAAAUGACUUACCUUCCUACGCCUUUACUCCAUUCGGAGUUGGCCUCCGUUCGUGUCCGGCCAAGGAGUAUUCCCGAUUGGCUGUCCUGGCAUUUGUUCACAAUUUGGUGAAGAAAUUUAGAUGGGAGAUGGUGAUUCCAGAUGAAAAAAUCAUAGGGGGCUUGAUGCCCUCUCCGGAACAGGGCCUUCUUAUUCGUCUUUAUCAUCAUUAAAUUUAUACUAAUAAUGGUAUAUAUAUAUAAUUUUGAGUACCUAAAAAAAUAUUCAAAU